AUGGCUCCUAAAUCCCUAGUUGAAUUGGCCGUCAAGGCUGCAGUCCGCAACAUCAGCCUCAUCACGAGCGUCGGUUAUGCUCCGUACGAACUGGUGAGGCCGAUCCUGCUCAAAGUCGAGUCCGCGGAGCAGCUGAUUCAGAUUGAGGAAAACUGCCCGCACAUCGCUGAGGAGAGCGCGGAGCUGUGGAGGCGGUUGAUCGACAAGGACUUUGCCCGGGACGCUGAGAAGAAGCGCUACGUCCCCAAGAACCCCUUGUCGUGGGGUAAAGUCUACCUUAAGUACAGGAGGGAGAGGGACGAGGCGGUCGCCGCGGCCGAGGCCCGCCUCAACGAGCAAUUCGACAAGCUCAAGCAGGAGCGCCAAAAGAAUGAGGCCCAGCUCGUCAAGCCGAGCCAGAUUCCAUUCAACCUCCGCCGUACCACCACCAUCGGCGGCGGGUCACGCUUCGGCCCUCCCGGCGCCCCCAGGGCCUCGUCGAACCUAUCGUGGGGCGGCGGCACCAGGACCAACGUCAACGAGGCCGGCGGGCACAUGAGGAAGGUCAAGCGCCAGGCCGCCGAGGCCGCAAAGCGGAGGGCCAUAUCGGGCCAGGUCGGCGCCCUGCGGGGCCAGGUAAUGAGGGCUCCCAAGGCUCUCCUCGAUGCCAAGCGAAUCGCUCAAAACCCGGGCGCCAAGGCUCAACAGCCCGCCAGGGAGGAGUCGGUGCUGCCGCCGAGCAGGCGGGGCGACAUGGAGGCGAGGCUCUUGAAGCUCAAGCAAACGUCCAAGGACCGCGGGCCGGCCGUUGAGGUUUCCGACGAUGAGCUUGAGGCGUCUGACGAAGAGUCCUCAAGGCCUUCAAAGUACCGGAGGGUUGCUGAAGCUCCCGAAAAGCUCUCGGCUAGCUUUUUGGAUGAUGAUGAUGAGGAGGGUGAGGGGGGUGAUUUGUUUGGCGAUGAGGAGUCAAGUUCGAGACCGUCUUAUUCAUCUUCGAGAGGUCCUGCGAGACAUUCUCAGGCUUCUUCCUACCAAUCGCCUUCCAAAUCAGCCAGUAAAUAUCCCGAACCUGCCUCUCCCCCACCACCAGCCGCGUCUGGCAGUUCAUCAUCCUUUCUGUCUCGGAAGCGAAAGGCUCAGGCCAAUGUCUUUAUGCAAAAGAGGCGCUGA